GGCAGUAAUCCCAUCUCAAUGACCACACUGUGUAGUGUACACGAUCUAUUCUAAAGAUCUAUUCUAUGCGGUACAGUCCAAUGUAUUUCAGUCCCACACGUAGCCUACAUCUGGGCGGAGGGAGCUAGUAAAUUCGCAUUAUUAAAUUGUGAUGUUCGGGUUUAGGCUGCAUUCGUUGUAAAUAACCCGACCAGCUGAUCGAUCACCUUGCACAUGCUGUCCGGCUAUAACAUGAUGUUGAGGCCCAUCACCGUACUCUUGAUAGUCACCACCACACACACGCAGACGCAGCUGUUUCCAUUUGGAGAGGUGUAUAUGGUUUGAAUAUGAUGUCGCGGAUACUCCAUAGAGGUGAUUUACUAAGCCUGGGGACACACUUGAUGCUGUGUUUUCUCUGUGGCAUGAUGUCGGAAGAUCCUACAACAGGAAGUGCAGUUGGCUUGAUGACAAAAUAUCCUUUGAUUGAUGGACAUAAUGACCUAGCUCUGAUGCUGAGGAUUCUCCACAACAACAGACUGAGUCAGGUUGACCUACGCAACAUCAGCAAAGUGGCCACAGACAUCAACCGACUCACAACGGGACAUGUCGGCGCUCUGGUGUUUGCAGCCUACGUGUUGUGUGGCGCCCAGAAGAAGGAUGCUGUGCGGCUCACACUGGAACAGAUAGAUGUGAUCCACCGUAUGUGUACAGAGAACCCAGAACUGGAGCUGGUUACAUCUGUAAAAGGACUAAAUGACACUAAGAGGAUAGCGUGUCUGAUCAGCAUUGAGGGAGGUCAUUCUAUAGACAGCAGCCUGCCAACCCUGCGUAUGUUUUACCAGCUGGGGGUUCGCUCAAUGGCCUUCACACACACCUGCAACACACCUUGGGCUGAGUCCUCCUCAACAAUCUAUGAUGUCUAUCAAAGAGAAAAUGACAGCCUAACAGACUUCGGUAAGGAUGUGGUGAAGGAAAUGAACAGAUUGGGGAUGAUAGUAGACCUGUCCCAUAGUUCCUGGGCCACAGUCAGGGCAGUACUGCAGGUCUCCAAAGCUCCAGUUAUUUUCAGCCACUCCUCAGCCCAUGCCGUGUGUAACCACAGCCGCAAUGUCCCUGAUGACCUGCUCCACGAACUGAAGGAGAACGGAGGACUCAUCAUGGUUAAUCUGCACAGUGGGUUUGUGGCCUGCCAUGGCCAAGCCAAUGUCUCCAUUGUGGCUGACCAUUUUACCCACAUUAAGAAGGUGGUUGGACCCGAGUUAAUAGGAAUAGGAGGAGACUUUGAUGGAGCGUCUAAGUUUCCUCUUGGAUUAGAGGAUGUGUCCAAGUAUCCCGCUCUGAUCCAGGAGCUGCUGGAGAGAAACUGGACAGAGAACGAGUUGUCCGGGGUCCUCAGACGCAACUUCCUGCGUGUGUUCAAGGAGGUCGAGAAAGAGCGUGACAGGCAGAAAGAGAAAGGAACUCUCCCCAGUGAAGCUCAGAUCGACUUGGCUGAGGUUCAGAACCCCUGCAGGCUGGUUCUCAGGCGACCCGACCACCAGGGGAUCAAGAAGGAACAGAUGUACUCCAAGGGCCACAGUGAACUGGUGGCCCCCAGGAGUCUGGUCUGGACUGUGGUUGUACUAAUCUCCUGCCUCUGUGUCCUGAUGGACCAUUAAGACUAUAAUAAUAUGGCCUCGAUUCAAUCAGAUCGAGCACUAACCCGCGCUGGCCGAUAUCCGCAUAGCUGAUGUUUUGGCAGUAUUGGAGGUGUAACUGCGGUGUGAGCUGACAAAUAGGUGUGUGGCUGCUCUUUUGUGUCACCAACCACUCCCUUCCUUACUAUCCCUAUGCAUUAGAUGUUCAAAACGACAAAAGCAAGUGUAGGCUCUGUCGAUGAUGGAGAUAAUGACAGGCCAAUGCAUGUUUUCAUGUUCAUUUGGAUGGGGGGAUUUAUAACCUAUCAGUCUAUGUAGACAAUAGACCAUUACGCAUUAGAGUGGUUGAAACAUGAGCUUCUAACGCAGCUACAUGGGAUUUGUGGGAUAUAAAGUCAGGUGUGGUUUCAUUGCAUCCAAUGGCAGUGUCCACGAUAAUGUACCGUAAGGGGCUGCUCUAAUGCAGUUCCUCCUCCGACACUGCCAAAACAACUGCUAUGUGGAUGUCGGCUACAACGGAUCUGAUAGAAUCUAGCUCUUAGUGUUACUAAACUAUUAGCAGUGCUUGACUUGGGCAGGAGCCUACCGGAGCCGAGUACCGGCACCUCAAAUUCUCUAUUGCUUGAGCUCUUUUUACUCUUAUAGAAUAUUAGCUCAAAAGUAUAGUGGAGCUCCUGCACCUAAAUAUAAACAGUACUUGCACCCAAAAUUAGUACUGGCACCUAUUUAGUAGUACUACUAGUGUUGUAUUAGUAGUGUUAUAUUACACUACAACCAUGUUUCUCCGACAGUUACAAGCCUAGCUUUACCGUGUUUACUGUGUCACUUGCUUACAUGCAGAUGUGAUCUGGCCUACAAAGAACUUUACCUCAUUUUUAGUUUCGGUCAUUUUGACCUUGAAGGAGUUGUAUAUUUACACAAAGCUCUGCAUGAACUUUGCACUAUAUUACAUUGAGUUCAACACGUUGAACUCUUUUUACAUAUCUCAUUAUAAAAAUAUAUGUUGUUAUGUUAUGUUUGUUUAUUGAUACAGUCAAGGCCACAAGGUCAUUCUGAGGCAUUUACAAGGUCAUACUGAGGCAUUUACAAGGUCAUACUGAGGCAUUUAGCUUUAUUUAUCUGAGGACACAGACCUUGAGGUUCAUCACACAAACUUGAUUGUCACAAUGAAACUAUUUCAUAGCAAGUGAAGAUUUCAUCUUAACAUUAAGAUUAUUGUAACAUUUCCUCACAAGAGGGUACAGUGAAACGGUAUGUAACUAACAUGUUAAUAUACUGUAAUGCCUCCUACAGUCAUCUCAGGAAUGUUGUAUUCUGUAUUCAUAUCAUAGGUUAUAUCAUAUUUAUUUUGCCUUUCUCUUAAGUAAAUAAUGCUUUGAGUUUUCUGUUUUUCUACCAUCUUAUUUUGUGAACACAUUGAUAUAUCUGAAGUCAAGAAAAUUACAUUCUGGUUGAA